AUGAUACUGUUUUCGUCAAUCUACUCAACAUUUUUCGCCUGUUUCUGGUACUUAAGCGGGGCCCUUUAUGUUGUCAUCAUUUGUAAACAUACGCGCGAAGUCGAGAACCAGCCGGCAGUCGGGGCGUCAUCAGCCGAAAGUUUGAGCAAGCCGACGCCGCCGCCAGCCUCGGAGCCUCAGAGCCCAAAAGACAAAGAUGCCCUGAACCAGAACACAUACUACGGCAUCAACAGCGCCGUCCUGUUCCCCGACCAACAAAAUCGAACCAAGGCGCCCGACAUCCCGGCGGCC